AUGGAGAACUUACAAUCGAUUUUAGAGGAAGAAGAAACAGCUAUUGCUUACGAGCUCACUGCUGCUUACGAAGCCGUUGGAGUAUCUGAUAAUGAACAAGAACUGAACGAUGGCGAUCGUAUCCAAUUGCAAGAGUUGUUAUUGAACUCUUUACAUUCCAUGCACUUCAUUGUCAAGCAUUGCAGUGUAAUGUACCCAUGUGUCGACAGCUACGAGGUCAAGUGUUGUUAUAAAGGUGCUUUCUUCGGAGCUCAUUGUGCCACCAUCUGGAUCGAUUGUGCACCACCAUCUGGCCCUAUUGUGCCACCAUCUGGACCGAUUGUCCAAACUACCCCACGGCCAAUUAUGAGCACAGCCACAUUGACAGGGAUUCCACAAUUUAUCAAUCCACGUGAUUAUCAGAGUGAAUCAUCCAGUGAAUUUGAUACUCGGGAAGUAAAUCCAAUGGAUGAAUUGAGUGAUUUUGAGUCCGAGACGUUACAACAGCAUCAGGAUCAGGAUCAGACGAUGGAUGUGGUGAUGGAAGAAGGUGAAGAAGGUGAAGAAGAAGAAGAAGAAGGACAAGCCAUUGAUGAUGAUGAGAAACAACAAAACCAUCAUAUUCAGUGUCCUAUUUGUAAACGAGUUGACCGAGAGAAGGAAGGAAUUGUGUGUGGAAAGUGUCAUGUGGCAUGUCAUAUUUGUUGUCUGGAUCCGCCAUUGGCCCACGUUUCUCAAAACACGUGGUACUGUGCUACGUGUAAACUUGAACCUUCAAUUGGUGGGACUGGAAUACAUGUAAAGAAUGUACAACCAGCUAUGGCUCAUGAAAAUGUGACUAGAAGGUUUGGUGUCAAUUCUGAGACUAUCAGGACAAGACAAAGUGUGGAAAGGGACGAUGUACCCGCGAGAGAAGCAACAUCGUUAUCUAUUGCACAGGUGCUGGGAGGUGAUCCGAACAAGAGCAAUUUGUUGUUGAUCCAUGCAUGCAACUGCGACCAGAUCGAGUGCACAGACGACGAGUUUCGUGUCAUUUGUUUGCACAUGAAGCGAUUUCUGCGCAGUGUGUGCUGGGCGUCGCAUAGCGAUAAGUGGCGUUCUUACCGACUUGCGCAGAUCACAACCGAGUUGUUUGCAUACCAUGCUAUGAACUGCAAAGGUUUGAGACACCAGACUUACUCCUUUUCACUUUUGUCUUGA